AAAGUUAUAGUUCAAUAUCUGUCAAGUUGUUGGACUUUUGGUUGUUUUUUGAUGCAAUUUUAAUUUUUCAAACGUAUACGACCACUUUAUAUUCGCAAUGCCUGCUUCAGUGGCUCUCAGCAAGCAUGAUGUCAAUUAUUUGGAAAAGUGCAGCAUGGAAAUUGAUCUCAAUUUCGGCAUAAUUAUCAGUCAACAAUUAAACCCCGAGAGCUUUUUAGUAGUCCAUCUUGCAAAAAACUGUGAAGAAGACAUGGAACUUUUGCAAAGAGCAAACGAAAAUGAGCUCAUCCAAGGACCUACAUGUAUACAAGAUAUAAGUACGCAAGCCUUGGCUACACAGUGGAUCAGCGCAAGCAAAAUGUGUCCUGGAUCAUUUAGUGUUCAAGGAGUUUUUGUAACCAUAGAUAAGCAGAAUAUUGAUGAGGAAGUAUUUGUUGCAGCGAAAAAACUGAUGUAUGACAUUCAUAACAUUCUUCUUCAAGGCAAUAACUUUUGUGCUUCAUUUGAAGAAGAAAAUUCAUCGCUCAUUUUUCUGGCGUAUUCUGCUUCAACUAAGAAAGCUGUGUCUAAAGCUUAUUCACAUAACAAUACGGGUGGAUCGUUUUUACCAAUGAAUUGCCAUUUCAUGGACAAAUCUGUUGAUUGGCACACCUUUGAAUGCUGCUACGAAUUGGAUGAUAUAUUUCCGAUUUUUGAUGAUACUCAAAAAAUUAACAUUGAAAACCAGUUCCAACGAGCAAUAUUGGCAAUGAAGCGUAGUUUAUCUGGAUGUGAAAUGUUUGUGGAAAAUGUUGCUUUAGAUGAUUCCCUGUCAUUAGAAGGAUUUGUGGCAAACAAUCGAAAUAGGAAGGCAACUGAAAACUACAAAGCAACUAUAUUUUUACCGCUUAAAUGUCACCAAAGUAAUGAGUACUCGGUGAAGGUUAGGAAAUUCAAUGGCACCAUUCGCCUUUCUGGUGUUAUUUUUUCUCGAAUUUGGUGUAACAAUAAAAAUACAUUGGGCGAUGUAAAACGUUUCAUACAAAAUGAUAUACUACGAUCACUAGCGGCACGGAUACAAGUUUAUUGUGAUGGACUAACUGAUCCGCAUGUAAACAACGAUGCCGUAUUUAUAAGUGAACCACCUCGCCGGGUAUUUUUCAAUUUGUUUUCGGAUGUAACAUUAAAUCCCAUACAAUUCUCAGAAUAUAUAUUUCGUGGAGAAGCACCAACAGUGGCGGUGGCUCAAGCUAAACAAGUGCUCGAUUUAGAUAUUAGUUUAGAAAAUAUAGUAGCAGAUUUAGAGGGGCUACCUGAUGAUGAAAUAUUUAGUGAUGUAUCAAUAUCUAGUUUACAGGAUACGUCCGCGCCAACAAUUGUUAACUCGGCAAAAUAUUUAACUCGUUCAAUGUAUAUGUUGAGUAUAGUAAUAUCCCUUUUAGUGCUUUUAUGUUCUAUCUGGUUGCAUUACUUCUUUCCAUAAUCGUUUGUUGUACAUCUUUCAACGUAAAAAUGUUAAAUAUUUUUUUUUAUUAACUAAGUCAACAAAUUGUUAUUCAAUACAUCAACUACAUGACUACUAACGGUAGUAAACUUUUCUUUGUAUUCUGUAAAUAAAUAAUUUUAAUUGAUACUGUUAAU